UUGGCAGGGAUCCGAGCUCACUCGCUUCCCCCUAAUUCCACCCCUUACAAUUUCUGUCAUGGUUCAUUUUUAGUGAUUCCAGACUUAUCCAUGACUGCAAAAAGUCAACAGAAGCCGAAUUCUUUGUUCAUGGUUUUAAGCUGUGUUAAGAUGAAUGGAUAUGCCUGCAAAGAGAACUUCACUGCUGAUGAUUUCUUUUUCGCGGGAUUGUCCAAGCCAGGACUCACCAACAACACAUUUGGUUCAUUGGUGACCGGAGCCAAUGUGCAGAAGAUCCCCGGACUAAACACACUCGGGGUCUCAUUUUCACGCAUAGACUAUGCCCCUGGUGGCCUCAACCCUCCUCACACGCACCCUCGUGCCACAGAAAUUGCGUUUGUGCUUGAUGGAGAGCUUGAGGUUGGAUUCAUUACGACAACAGGUACCCUGUACUCCAAGACCGUCAAGAAAGGUGAAAUCUUCGUGUUCCCUAAGGGACUUGUCCACUUCCAGAAGAACAAUGGCAAGGUACCUGCUGCAGUCAUUGUCGCGUUUAAUAGUCAGUUGCCUGGCACUCAAUCCAUUGGCGCCACAUUGUUUGCCGCGGUGCCCCCAGUGCCAGAUUAUGUGCUGUCACAAGCAUUCCAAAUUGGCACCAAAGAUGUUCAGAAAAUUAAGUCAAGAUUUGCACCAAAGUGAUGUUAAUGUAACAUUGCAUCUGCAGGUUUCUGUUGAUUGUAUUUCGGAAAAAUUUGUGAGGUCAGUUGUUACAGUAGAUGAGGUUUACUUUAGUCCUUUGCGCGUUGAGAAUCUUAAACUUGUUUGUAAUGCUGUACUGAUAUUUAAAAUUUUCUUCUCUGAGUACUUCUAAUAAAAUGGGAGGUUAAUGUUCUUGGUGAUAUUUAACAAAUUUUUUUUACUGAUUUAUUUAAAA